AUGUGUGGAAUCUUUGCCUACCUGAACUACCUGGUCGAGAAGGACCGUCGCUACAUCAUCAACACCCUGCUCACGGGCCUGUCUCGUCUGGAAUACCGAGGAUAUGACAGCCUGGCCGUCAACGGCGACAAGGAGAACGAGUUCCUGAUCUUCCGAGAGGUCGGCAAGGUCGCGGCUCUCCGAGCAAAGAUCGAGUCGCAGAGCACCCUCGACAUGAACAAGAAGUUUUUGAGCCAUACCAGCAUGGCCCACACUCGCUGGGCCACCCACGGCCAGCCCUGCGAGAAGAACUCGCAUCCCCACCGCUCCGACCCCAACAACGAGUUCAUUGUUGUUCACAACGGCAUCAUCACCAACUACAAGGAGCUCCGCACCAUCCUCGAGAAGAACGGCUACCUCUUCGAGAGCGACACCGACACCGAGUGCAUCGCCAAGCUGGCCAAGUACAUCUGGGACAACCACGCCAAGGGCUCCAAGCCCACCUUCACCACCCUCGUGAAGGCUGUCUGCAAGGAACUGGAAGGUGCCUUUGCUAUCAUCGUCAAGAGCACUCACUUCCCCGACGAAGUCAUCGCUACCCGCCGCGGCUCCCCCCUGCUGAUCGGUGUCAAGACCCAGAAGAAGCUCAAGGUCGACUUUGUCGAUGUCGAGUUUGGCGGAGCCGAAGCCCCUGCUGCUGUCGCCCAGCCCAAGGGAAACAGCCUCCUUGCUCCCAUCAACCCUUCGCACCCUCCCAUGCAGCGCUCGCAGUCUCGUGCCUUCCUUAGCGACGACGGCAUGCCCCAGCCCAUCGAGUACUUCCUGGCCUCGGACCCCUCUGCCAUCGUCGAGCACACCAAGCGUGUUCUCUACCUCGAGGACGGCGACAUUGCCCACAUCGACGAGGGCGAGCUGCACAUCCACCGCCUCCGCCGCGACGACAACAUGUCGACCAUGCGCCAGAUCCAGACCCUGGAGAUGGAGCUUGCCGAGAUCAUGAAGGGCUCCUUCGACCACUUCAUGCAGAAGGAGAUCUACGAACAGCCCGAGUCCGUCGUCAACACCAUGCGUGGCCGUGUCAACUUUGACACCCGUACCGUUACCCUCGGCGGUUUGAGCACCUACCUUGCUACCAUCCGCCGCUGCCGUCGCAUUGUCUUUGUUGCCUGCGGUACUAGCUACCACAGCUGCAUUGCUACCCGUGCCAUCUUUGAGGAGCUCACCGAAAUCCCCAUCAGCGUCGAGCUGGCCAGUGACUUCCUGGACCGCAAGACUCCCAUCUUCCGUGACGACGUCUGCGUGUUUGUCUCGCAGUCUGGCGAGACCGCCGACACCAUCCUUGCUCUCCGCUACUGCCUGGAGCGUGGCGCCCUGUGUGUGGGCAUCACCAACACCGUCGGCAGUAGCAUUUCGCGCGAGACUCACUGCGGUGUCCAUAUCAACGCCGGCCCUGAGAUCGGUGUCGCCAGUACCAAGGCCUACACCUCGCAGUUCAUUGCUCUCGUCAUGAUGGCCCUUCAGCUGAGCGAGGACCGCAUCUCCAAGACCGAGCGCCGCAAUGCCAUCAUCGAUGAUCUGUGCCGCCUACCCCAGGUCAUCAAGGAGACUCUUGCUCUCGACAACGAGCUGAAGCAGCUUUCGCGCGAGUCUCUUGUCAAGCAGGCCAGUCUGCUGAUCAUGGGCCGUGGCUACCAGAACGCCACCUGCCUCGAAGGUGCCCUCAAGAUCAAGGAGCUUUCGUACAUGCACAGCGAGGGUAUUCUUGCUGGAGAGCUCAAGCACGGCCCUCUCGCCCUGAUUGACGAGAACAUGCCUGUCAUUCUCAUCAUGACCAAGGACUCGCUCUAUCCCAAGGUCCAGAGCGCACUGCAGCAGGUCACUGCCAGAAAGGGUCACCCUAUCAUCAUCUGCAACACUAAUGACUCCAACAUUCCCGACAAGUAUAGAACCAUCCGCGUUCCUCAGCUCGUGGACUGUCUGCAGGGCCUGAUCACCGUCAUCCCGCUGCAGCUGCUCUCGUACCACAUUGCUGUGGCCCGUGGUGUCAACGUCGACUUCCCGAGAAACCUGGCCAAGUCUGUCACCGUCGAGUAA